UAAAAAACAUAGAGAGUGACCGUUUCCUCCACCUCAUCAAAAUCUGGUAGGCCGCCAACACUUGUAUAGAAGAACACAAAAAAGAAAAAGAAAAUCCAAUUCAAUUACACAAUUUUUUUUUUUGGGCACUAAUUCCACUUUAUUGGGAAAAUCAAAUCCCAUUAGCCUGCAUCUACCAUCGUCUCUCCUUUUUUCACAUUUUUUUUGGCUUCCAUUUUCUGUAUAUACGGUGGUUUUGCAGGCUAAAACGAGGUAAUCUAGAUACAAUUUUGCUCUGAAAUCCCCUCAUCAUUUAUUUAUUUAUUUUUGAUAUUAUUGGCAAUUUUAUGGUGAAUUUUCUAUAAAAAUGCAACACAGUAUAUUCACAACAAUGCGUAGCUUAAAACUCUCGGAAGGAUGUAAAGCAACUCAAGUUUAUGCUUUCAAUCCAACCGGUGGACAAGCCGGUGGCGGUGGUUAUGGCGGUAAAGUUGGAGGGAAGUUCUUACAACAUCUACAAGAUCUAAGAGCUAAUUCAAUUCGGACGAAAUCGAGUCGAAAUUCCCAUCCACCGACUAACCAUAACCAAACGACAAGAACAAAUGUCUCUGUCGAAAGUUUAUUGCCAGCUGGUCUUCCGACCGUUGAUCUCAUCGAGCCAAGGAUUGAGCCUUGUCUUAAAUCUGUGGAUUUCGUCGAAUCAUUAGCUGAUGUCUAUACAAAAGUCCAGAAUUCUUCGCAACUGGAGAAAUCAGACAGAUUUCUUGAGCAAUGUGCGGUGUUUAAGGGUUUGUCUGAUCCGAAAUUGUUUCGGAAUAGUCUAAGGAGUGCGAGGCAGCAUGCUGUGGAUGUGCAUUCCAAGGUUGUUUUGGCUUCGUGGUUGAAGUUUGAGAGGAGGGAGGAUGAAUUGAUUGGUUUGUCGGCUAUGGAUUGCUGUGGAAGAAAUUUAGAAUGUCCUAGGGCCUGUUUGAUGUUGGGAUAUGAUCCCGACUCAGUGAAGGAUCCUUGCGUGUGUUUAAGAUGGCAGCCGGAGGAGGAUGUUUUGAUGGGGGAUGAAGAAUACUUGACUUUUGAUGCUGAUGAGGAUGGUGGUGGUGAUGAUGGAUGUGAUAUGUCAUUUUGCAUUGGUGAUGAUGAAAUUAGAUGUGUAAGAUAUAAUGUGGCAUCACUUUCUAGACCUUUUAGAGCAAUGCUGUAUGGGGAGUUUAAGGAAUCGAGGAGGGAGAAGAUAAAUUUUACGCAGAAUGGGAUAUCGGCAGAGGGAAUGAGUGGGGCGAUGGUGUUUAGCCAGACGAAAAGAUUGGGCACGUUUGGUCCAAAGAUUGUUUUGGAGAUUCUUUCUUUGGCAAACAGGUUUUGCUGUGAGGAAUUGAAGUCAGCUUGCGAUGCUCAUUUGGCAUCCUUGGUUUGUGAUAUGGAGAGUGCCGUGAUUCUAAUUGAGUAUGGAUUGGAGGAGGGUGCAAACCUUUUGGUGGCAGCUUGUUUACAGUUGUUUUUGAGAGAGCUUCAAUUUUCAAUGAACAAUCCUUAUGUGAUGCGACUGUUGUGUGGAUCUGAGGGCAGGGAGAGAUUGGCUUCAGUUGGCCAUUCUUCAUUUUUGUUGUAUUAUUUUCUGAGCCAGAUUGCUAUGGAGGAAGAGAUGAAAUCUAACAACACUGUGAUGCUUUUGGAGAGACUGGGAGAAUGUGCCACCGAAGAUUGGCAGAAACAGCUUGCCUAUCACCUUUUAGGUGUUGUUAUGCUCGAAAGAAAAGAGUACAAAGAUGCCCAGAAUUGGUUUGAAGAAGCAGUCGAAGCAGGUCAUAUAUACUCGUCGGUGGGUGUUGCAAGGGCUAAAUACCAUCGAGGCCACAAGUAUUCAGCAUACAAGAUGAUGAACUCGCUGAUAUCUGAUCAUUCACCAGUUGGUUGGAUGUAUCAAGAGAGGUCUUUGUAUUGUACUGGGAAGGAAAAAUUGAUGGAUUUGAACACAGCUACUGAAUUGGAUCCAACACUUCCAUUCCCAUACAAGUGUCGGGCUGUUUUGUUGGUGCAGGAGGACAAACUUGAACCAGCCAUCUCAGAACUCAAUAAAAUUAUUGGUUUCAAGGUCUCUCCUGAUUGCCUUGAAUUACGGGCAUGGAUUUCUAUGGCAUUGGAGGAUUUUGAAGGGGCUCUCAGAGAUGUCCGGGCACUUUUGACUUUGGAUCCAAAUCACAUGAUGUUUUAUGGGAAGAAGCAUGGUGACCAACUAGUAGAACUCCUCUGUCCCUUUGUUCAGCAAUACAGUCAGGCAGACUGCUGGAUGCAACUGUAUGAUAGAUGGUCCUCUGUUGAUGAUAUAGGCUCCCUAGCUGUCGUACACCAAAUGCUGGCAAAUGGCCCCUGGAAGAGCCUUCUACGGUUCAGACAAUCUCUCCUCCUUUUACGGCUAAAUUGUCAAAAGGCUGCAAUGCGUAGUUUGCGGUUGGCUAGAAAUUAUUCUACUUCCGACCAUGAAAGACUUGUCUAUGAAGGAUGGAUCUUGUAUGACACUGGAAAUCAUGAAGAAGCACUAUCCAAGGCCAAGGAGUCUAUUUCAAUUAAGAGAUCAUUUGAAGCUUUUUUCCUUAAAGCAUAUGCUUUAGCAGAUUCAAGUCUUGAUCCUGGGUCCUCAAAGUAUGUUAUUCAACUUUUGGAGGAAGCUCUUAGGUGCCCUUCAGAUGGUCUUCGGAAAGGACAAGCACUGAACAAUCUUGGGAGUGUAUAUGUUGAUUGUGAGAAGUUGGAUCUUGCUGCUGACUGUUACAUGAAUGCACUUGAGAUCAAGCAUACAAGAGCACAUCAGGGUUUGGCACGUGUACAUCACCUAAAAAAUCAAAGGAAAGCAGCAUAUGAUGAGAUGACAAAACUGAUAGAAAAAGCUAGGAAUAAUGCUUCAGCUUAUGAGAAGCGUUCAGAGUAUUGUGAUCGUGAGAUGGCAAAAAGUGAUCUUAGCAUGGCAACACAACUAGAUCCACUAAGAACAUAUCCAUACAGACACAGGGCAGCAGUUUUAAUGGAUGACCACAAAGAAGCGGAAGCCAUAAAAGAGCUUACAAGGGUCAUAGCUUUCAAGCCAGACUUGCAGCUGCUGCAUCUUCGAGCAGCAUUUUAUGAUUCAAUGGGUGAUAAUGGCUCCACCCUUCGAGACUGUGAAGCAGCUCUCUGUCUUGAUCCCAAUCACAAAGGUACCAUUGAGCUCUAUAAGAGAAUACGGCAGGGUAAUGAACAAGAAAAAUGAGAACCAGAAGUCCAUGCUUGUAUCUUUAGUAUCUGGGCAAUCACAUCAUUGCCACCACAUUUUCUUAUAUUUGGUGCUAGAAAGGCCAGUUUUCCUAGGGUUUUUUUUUGGAUUUUAUCCAUAGAUACACAGACAUCCCAGUGUCCUUUUCGUGAAAGGAAUUUCAGCAGAGGAAGAAAGGGAUAAUUUGAAUUUAACAAGAAAGGGGUUGUAGAAAGUGGGAUAGCUUGUAAAUGUAUGUGAUAUCCUGCCACUGCCCCAUAUUUCACUUCAGCAAAGAUUGAAAUGAGUGUAUCAUUGUUGAAAGAAACAUGCACAUGAAUGGCAGCGUAUGCUGAAGUCUGCCUUGUUAAGAGGCUUACGGAUUAACUGAUUUUUGCUGAAGUCAUACUGUAGUGUCUAUUGUUCUUUGUGCUUCACAAUUUUCUCAUAAAAUUCAUACCCAAUUUUCCA